UUCCAAGAUUAGACUAUCAAAAACAUACGUAAUUCGCUUCAAAGAAAUCUAAUUUAUGACGGAAAUCAAUCAAAAAAGACUGUCUUUCUUUUUCUGAGAGGAAGCAUAAAGAUUUUUAUCCAACUCUAAGUGAAAAAACGAUAACCUUUUUCAACUGAUUAAAUUAUCUUUCUAUUAAUAAAUGCUAUCCAUGUGUUAGUUGACGUCAAGAAUAUUUGAAAAGGGAAUAAUGCUUGGGUACAAUGUGAAAUAAAUGCACGCAAAUUUGUGCCUACUUGUCGAUUACUUCAGUUUUCCAGAGUCGCGCUUCAAUUCUCUUGGCCCUCCCAUCGAAUUUACAGAAAACAGCAGAACGAAUGAAUAAACAGAACGAGGAAGAACGUUCGUGUAAUCGUGCAGUAUACGUAAUAGAGAUAACAGUUUCGUAGAUAAAAUAACGCGUGAAUUAGCAACGCGGAAGCUAAACGAGAAGAUAUAGAAACGGAAACGCGUGUCUAUUUUCUGUAUAUGCGGGAUUUACUCUAGUCGCGUUCGUUAAACGAAAGAGAGUGCACGAUUCGCUGGCUCUAAGCUGAAAGUCGUUUAAGAAGUCGUGACAGAAGUAAAAAAAAAUCACACAAGUUUAAUUCGCGUGUUUGACGUCAGCAUACUUUACAUUGCUCAGAAUUAAGAUAGCAGAUGUACGGAGCGUUUGUCUCGGGCGUCUUACGUACGCGUCGCUGAGAGAUAAGUGUUUAGGGUCGCGAGUUCGACGUUUGAAGUGCUAAUAAAAGUGUUUGACUGCUGCGAAAAGGAAACCUGUAUUUCGCGAGCACCGUUCAACAAUCGAGAGAACGUUAUUUUUCAUUUUUCGUGUCGCAAAACUUCAAUUUUUCCCGAGACUUUCCGGCAAACACGCGGGGAAUCCCCAGCGGGAAAAAACACGGUCGCGAAUGAAUGAUCGAAAUUGAAAUGGACGGUGGGUCAUCCACGGGGUUGCUCCACACAAUCGUCGCGUGAGAAGAGAAUGAUCUGCGAAGCGAGCACAAUUAAAAGCACUCAGGCCGGCAAUUCGCGUCGACAAUUCAGAUCCUACCAUAGAUUCUUAUAUCUUGACGAUAAAUUCGCAAUUAUGUCCUCUUUUAUUGCAAGAGAUUGCAAUCUAUCUGUAAUGCUAGUAAAACAGAGGAAAGAUGAAUAAUAUUGUGGCACGUUAAUUCAAUUUUCACCGCGAAAAUCUAUAAGCUUUCGGAGAGACGACACACAUAUCUUUAAUAGUAUCUUAUCGGUAUUUUCACUUUUUCACAUUUCCGCCCUGGAAAGAAAAUUGUACAUGAUCGAUACUGGCUACGUAUUGGAGAACAAUGAAAUUGAGAAGAACGAAUUUUCUUUCUCCCUUGCGGAAGCUGCGGAUGUCCUGGAGCCGCGAGAGCGUCGGGGAGGGCGCGGAGAAAGGGAGGAGAGAAUCCGCGAAAGAGAGUCACGCGAUCGUCGCGACCGAUCGGGUCGGCUGCAGCGGUUUUUAGCCGCGCUCGUUCGACGGACGAUCGCGCGCGGCACGAUCGUUGAAAAACGCGGCUGGAGGGAGGCGUGUUAAGUCAAGGGUACCGCCGGAUACAAAGUCCGCGAGUUUAUAAAACGGGGACGUACCUACUCCAAAACCCAGUUUUCCAGAGACCGAGGGCGCGCGAUCGGUAGCCGCGUCCCGCGGGAGCGAAGUGAUCGUCCCUCCCGAUUACUCCCCGAUCGAGCCGGCUCGUCCAGUCUAAACUAUACGUCACGGGGACCAAGUCGCAAUCGAGUCGUGUUGAAAGGGAAAAAAAGAAGAAGAAGAAGAAGAUACUUCAGAGACAUUAUGUAUAAGUCCCGUGUUUACCCAGGCAGCGACUCCUCGCUGACGCGAGACAGCGGAUCCGAGAGUACGCCGUUACUCUCCUCGGAGUCUCGCACGAGCCCGGAACUGAUAUUCGGCGAUUCGGAAACGAGCGACUUGGACCCGAGCCCGGCCGGCAGCUCUCUCAUAUAUGGAAGUGUAGACACUGCCAGUUACAAUACAAUCCUAGCUACACCAAAGAGGCCAUUCCCUUCAGUGCGGGAUAGUGAAUUGUUCGUUUCCACAAUGGCGAACCCACCGUGCAUAGUAGAUUUCGAUCAUGAAAAAAAUUACGAGCGCAAUGUUGACUUGACAUUGACGAACGAAAAUUCCAACGCGAAAAAGACGCACGAGAUAGACUUCAAGCCUGGACCUCUGCAAUUUCAAUCCGAUAUCGUGCAGACUACCUGCAAGGAUUUCAAGCCGAAGCAGAGUUCGCUGGUUACUAUAUUUUCAAUAUGGAACACAAUACUGGGGUCGUCGUUGCUGACGAUGCCAUGGGGAAUUGCGAUGGCCGGAUUCUUUCCUGGGAUCAUCCUCAACCUGCUGAUGAGCGGUUUAUGCCUGUACACCGCUUAUCGUCUCGUAGUGGCACACGCGUAUCACGGUGGUGGAGCAAACGUAGAAGUUUUAGACCUGUGCCGGGUAUACCUCGGCAAGUGGGCGGAACACACCGCUAGAAUCUUUAGUAUUGCCGUACUGUUGGGCGCAACUAUAGCUUACUGGAUAUUAAUGGCCAACUUCCUGUAUAACAGCGUCAAUUUCAUUUAUGAUAACAUAGCUGGCUUGUCAACACAUCCUGCGUCUGAGAACAUUUCGAAUAAAGAAGUUCUGUGCCCGAAAGAGAUCCAAGACAAUAACACCAUUGUGACUUACGAGAAGACGUUCGAGGCUCUGGGACCAGCGUGGGAUCUACGAAACACGGUGCCUGUGUUUCUGGCCCUACUGAUAUUUCCCCUCUUAAAUUUCAAUAGCACGACAUUUUUCACAAAGUUUAAUUCCUUCGGAACGGCGUCAGUCAUGUAUUUGAUUGUCUUCGUUGUGAUAAAAUCAGCAUCGUGGGGCGUCAACAUGGAUCAAGUCGAAUGGGCAACGAGUUGGGUGAUACGGCCGACGUUUCCGGCGCUUACCGGCAUUCUGGCAAUGUCGUUCUUCAUCCACAAUAUCGUAAUCAACAUAAUGCAGAAUAAUCGCAAUCAAGAAAAGAAUGGAAGAGAUUUAACCAUAGCUUAUUUCCUCGUCACGGUGACUUAUAUCAUCGUCGGAGCAACGUUUUUCAUGUGCUUUCCACUGCCUAAGUCGUGCAUAGAAGACAAUCUACUGAAUAAUUUUCAAAAGUGGGACGGCCUCACGAUAACUGCUCGCAUAGUGCUACUUUUCCAGUUGGUGACCGUCUAUCCUUUGCUCGCGUACGUGCUACGUAUCCAGUUGCUCUCGUGGAUAUGCAAAGGAAGAUCUAACAGAGCCUUGGUGCUCUUCAUUAAUCUCGUACUGGUGUCCAUAUGUAUCAUUUUCGCGACGUUUGUACCUUACAUCGGGACCAUCGUCAGGUAUACCGGCGCCUUAAGCGGACUCAUCUACGUCUUCACUUUCCCGAAUCUACUGCAUUUGGCUAUUUUGAAGAAAGAAGGAAAGCUAACCGUCUACUCGAUACUAUUCCAUAUAGCUAUACCCGUUAUCGGACUUUUAAAUCUCAUUGCUCAAUUCUUUAUCACAGAUCGUUGAUCGUGUAAUUAAAGAUAGAUCUUACAGAUUGUGCCAUUGCAUUUGUACGACAUUCGACAUUAAUUAUUUAUGAAUGCAAUUGCGUACAUCACUAUUUACACCUUUUAAGAGAAUACUAUGCAUUUUAAGAGAAUCCGUGUUCGAAAAUUACAUUGAAAUAAGUAGGUUUAAAUACAGUAGAUAUAGAAAUUUUUAUAGGCUUUUAAAAGGCGCAAAAUGCAGUUUAUUGCAUUUGCGAGAGUAGUUUGUUAUAUAUAAUAACAGAAGUUCACGAGUUGAAAAGUGUGUAUUAAAAUUUAGAUCAGUAUAAUGGAGAUUAUGUACGUUUAAGUCAGCUGUUUCCUUUAAACAUAAUAUAAUUUAUUUAAUUACUCGCGACACAGUCUAGAAACGAUAUACUUUUUUACCGUAGAACAAAGUUCGUUAAUGCUUUUUGUACUUUCAAUAAACACGCAAUAGUAUUA